AUCUUUGAUGAAGGCAUGCCAGUGGUGGUUUUGUAGGCGCAAGUCAGCGGCUGGUACUUUGCAUCCACUCUAGUGGACCCUCAAGAGACCACUGCCUGCUCUUUGGCGGCCCUAAUGCCCGUCCUCCCGUACUGGAGCCCGGGCUUACUCGAGUAGCGAAGGCUCCGCACAGACCGGCCCGGCCAAGGGAGACGGCUGGUCAGUGGACGAGGCUUGCAGUUCCCAUGGCGCCGCCCCUGGCCCCGCUCCCCGUUCGAGAGUCAAACGGGGCCGGGCCCCAGGGCUGGAAGCCCGGAGCUGUGAGCUUCGCGGACGUGGCCGUGUACUUCUCCUCGGAGGAGUGGGGGUGCCUGCGGCCCGCGCAGAGAGCCCUGUACCGGGACGUGAUGCGGGAGACCUACGGCCUCCUGGGCGCGCUCGGAGGUGGAGGCGCCAAGCCAGCACUCAUCUGCUGGGUGGAGCGAGAGGCGGAACAGUGGAGUCUGGAUGCCCGGGACCCGGAGGUGGCCCAGGGUGCGACCAAAGCGGACACAGAUUCAAGAAACAAGGACGACGGAGGAGCAGGAGAACAGACUGCAGUCCUGGAGAAGGCCCUUGCCAUGGACCCUCCUGCGCCCCCACCCGCUGCCCCGGUGGCUUCUGCUAGGCUUCCUUCUAGCCUGGAGAAGCCGGCAAAGGUGCCACGCAGGGGCCGCCCGCCGCUCUCUGCCCACCCCCUCGUCCCCAGAGCAGACCAGCGGCACGGCUGUUACCUAUGCGGGAAGAGCUUUGCAUGGCGCUCCACGCUCGUGGAACACCUGUACACGCAUACGGGCGAGAAGCCCUUCCUCUGCCCUGACUGCGGCAAGGGCUUCGGCCAGGCGUCCUCCCUGAGCAAACACCGGGCCAUCCACCGUGGUGAGCGGCCCCACCGCUGCCCAGAGUGCGGCCGCGCCUUCACGCAGCGCUCGGCCCUCACCACCCACGUGCGGGUGCACACCGGCGAGAAGCCGUACCGCUGCGCUGACUGUGGCCGCUGCUUCAGCCAGAGCUCCGCGCUCUAUCAGCACCAGCGCGUGCACAGCGGCGAGACCCCCUUUCCUUGCUCCGACUGUGGCCGUGCCUUUGCCCACGCUUCAGACCUCCGUCGCCAUGUGCGCACCCACACCGGCGAGAAGCCCUACCCGUGCCCAGACUGCGGGCGCUGUUUCCGGCAGAGCUCGGAGAUGGCAGCCCACAGGCGGACCCACAGCGGCGAGCGCCCCUACCCCUGUCCCCAGUGCGGCAGGUGCUUCGGCCAGAAGUCAGCUAUGGCCAAGCACCAGUGGGUACAUCGGACUGGAGCUGGGGACCCCAGGAACCAGGGCAACAGUGGCCUGUCUGCGAGCCUGGUCCCUGGCCCAGGGAACCUGGACCCUCCUGUGGGCUUCCAGCACUACCCAGAGAUUUUCCAGGAAUGUGGCUGAAUGAGGGCCUCCAGCGGGACAAGGCUGAGAGAGAUGAUGCAGAUCUUGACUGGGGUCCCAAGAAGACUCUGGGGCCUCCUAGGAGCUCACUCGAUGCCUGGCCCGAGCUGGACCUGGAAAGUGUGGGACUGAAGCUGGCUUUGACCCCUGUCGGCUUCCUCUGCUAGUAGCUUGCUCCUCCGUGUUGCAGACACUAGAAACAGUCCCCGCUCGUGCUCUCCCGCCCCAGCAGCCCCUAUCUGGGACUGGGGAGAAAGGCCGCAUCAGUACCUGAGGGUUCAGAGCACUGAAGCCCAUUUGUUACCUGUUGUCUUCACUGCAGAGUGGACACUCGAGUGGCCAGGUGCCAACCCCGGCCUUCGGCUGCCUUAUUUAUUCAUGUAUUUAUUGUGCCCCAUGCAGCAGUUUUAAGUUGUUAGGAAUGAGUGGUUAAGAUUACAAGUUGGCUAUUUCAAACAAAAAUUGGUUUCUAGCUUCUCUGGAAAAACUCAAAGAUCCACAUCUCAACCACAAACCCCACAACUGACUGAGGGGGAGGGGUGCCUGAACAGCAACCCCCUUCCCCCCAGCAGCAGGGCAGGAGCUGGAGCCAAGGGACCCCUCCCCUACCUACUGUUUUGUCUCAACUCUGGCCAAACAUUGGUGUGUAUCAAGCCCACGCCACUGUCACAGCAGGCCUUCUGGCAUUUUCCGCUCACCUGACCUGUGGUCACAUAGUUUUAUUUACAGACCAUGGUGAUGUCAUUUGGGAACAUGGGAGUCUGUGGGCAGCUGCAGGAGAGAAGUAAAUGCAGACCGUGUGUUGGUACUCCUGUUGUAUUUUCUGCUUCCCCUGUCCUGUUCACCGACUCCUUCUGGCCUCCCAGGAAAGGAAACAUGAGGAGGACGUCCCCAGCAGGUCGUCUCAGUCCUGAACCAAGUGGAACACGGGCCAGGCUCUGGCACCAGGCCGCUCACUGCUUUUCAAGGGCAAGGCCCAUGGAGCCCUCUCCUCAUCCUCGGAGCCCCCUUGAGAGCCCCACAGUCCAAUCCCCCUCAACCAUCCUGGACGCGGCCAGGAGGGUUGUGUCUCCCCUGAGGCAAAGUGUUUCUGUCCUGUGUUAGCUGGGAACCAGGAACUGCCACCUGCGCACGGUCACCCACAAGUGCAACAUCAGGGUUGCUGGCAACUGCUGCCGUCCUUGCACUGCUCCUGAGUGCCUCACUGACGUCCCAGCCAGGGCAUUAGCAGAGGCUGGGUACCAGGUGGAUCUGCCAGAGCACCCCACAUCAGACCCAUGGCU